AUGAUGACUGCUGUGUCUGGAACUCCUCCUCUGGCUCACAGCUGGCAACACAAAGCCCAGGUAACUUUCUCUUCUCCCCCUGUAGCAUCCAUAGCCUCCACAGACAUGGGGCUGCUGCUGCAAGACGAUGUUUUUGUUGACUUUUUCAACAUCUUUCUGAACCUUCCCGUUUUUGGGCAGACACCCCUUUACGUCAGUGGCACGGGCCGGUGGUGCCUGUGGCCAGAGCUGCCGAGCCACCUGGAUGCCAGCCCCGCGGCUUUGCUGGCUUGGUUGGAAAAGCACCGGCUGCCUCACUUCUGCAAAUCCAGCCUGUGCCUGCAGCUCGUCCUCUGCCAGAAGCUGCUGGGUUUCAUUCGCUCGGGGGAAGCAGCAGAGCUCCUGAACUGGCAGAGUGCUGACCAGUGGCUGCUGGAGAGGUGCAUCAGUGGGAGCCAGGGCAUGUGGCACCUCUGCGCCUUCGUCCAAGGAACGGCAGGGGAAGAACUGAUCGACUUCUGGCUCAUCACUGAAAGGCUCCUGGGUCUGGACGAGUCAGAUGGGAGUCAGAAGGAGCUGUUCUUGUCCCUGGUGCACAGACUGAGAGCCACUCACCUGCGUGAAGGCUCCAGCGUCGUCACCUUCUGCACCACUAUCAUGGGAUCUUUUCCAAAAGCCAGGCACAUCCAGUCCAUCAGCACCAGGAGGGAGAUCCUAAGCAAGAUGCAGGAACAGGUCCUUUUCAUGAUUCAGAGUUACUGGCUCCCUAAAUUCUUCGUGCACUGCAAGAUGGGAAUGGAGGAAGAGGAAUCGUGCUGGCCUUUGCUCCAGGAAUAUCAGGAACGUUUAUUACAGGCUGGCUGGCAGCAGCCCCUGGGCCUUUCAGAGCCCCUCCCCACCAUGCACAUCAAAAGGAGCCAGGGCAUGUCAGGGCCCUACUGCAGCCAAAAGGCCAAAGCAGAGGUCUGGGCUCUGGUCAAGGAGGGGAGAGACAGCCAAGAAUUGAAAAUGGCCACAUUUUCGGUGAAAGCAGAGAAGCAGCCAGGGCCAGUUGGGAGCAGGGAGGAAUUGUGUCUGGAUAAGGAUGCUUUGGGAUCAAUUCCCCAGCAGUCACAGCAUCCUGCCUUUGGAGGCAGAGGAGGAGCAACAUUUCCUGGCAGACCUCAGUCCAGUGCAGAGCAGGAUCUAGAAAACCUCUGUAAGGAGAAAUUCCUCUCUGACCUGCUUCCCUCUGCAUCCCUUGCCCGGCUGCCAUUCCUGAAAAAGCCAGGCAAGACCUUGGAUUUUCUUCCAUGGGCCCUGAGUGCCGAGGCCUGUGCAGGAAGACCCUUCAGAGAUUUCCUACAGUGCCAGAACCGGCCUAUGGAGACUCAUCUCCUGGACCUGUGGCAUGACCUGGAGGAGUUUCUGCCUGUGGUGCUGGACUCCAGCAGAGAAAACAGCUUCUUCCUGCGCCAUCUGAUUGGGGAAAAGAUCUGCAAGACCUACCUGGAGGACAGCAGUAUUGAGAGGCUCCCCUUGGAGACCAGGACUCUCGUGAGUUUGUGGAACCAUCUGAUAUGUGGAGAAUUCUCCCCCUGGAUAUUCAGAGCCCAGAAGGAGAUUUGCAAGGUGCUCUGUGGCCUCUAUGAGGAAUUUCUGGCCGCCGAUGACAGGAUGUUCCUCCAGUUUAUGGCUCCAGGCAUGGAUGUCCCCAUGGCUGAGGUGCCAGGCCGUGCUGGCAGAUGGGGACAUUUCCACCUGUCCCAGAGGAUGAACCAGUCCCUGCAGCUGAGCCAGGCCUUGCAUGGCACGAGGAGCUUGGAGGGGGUCUCCUCCAAGCACUGGCAAUUGCUUGCUGCUCGGGACCUGCAGAAAGGGGGCUCCAUCCAGGCAGAGAUGGAGCUGCUCCUGGGCAGCGCUGAAUUCCAGAGGAUGAUAGCAGAUGAGCUGGCUGUGGGCAGCCCAAGCAAGGAAGAGGAGCUUCUGCAGCUUAUGAGUGCAGCAUUCGAGGAGGAAGAGGAGGAAGGACCCUACUAUCAGAAGAAGAAGCAGAAGCAGACACAGAAGCAGAAGCAGACACAGAAGCAGAAACAGACACAGAAGCAGAAACGGACACAGAAGCAGAAAAAGCAGAAGCGGAAGGAACAGGAGGAUUUGUUGCUCUGGAGCAAAAAGCCCAGGUCUAGGCGGCGGCGGCAGCUUGUGCAGGAGGGGACAGAGGACCUCAAGACACAGAGGAUGGGAUGGGCCUGGGAUGCCAUCCGGGAGCUUGUCAGGAGCUUCUGCAAGUUCCAGAGGGACAUGGAGAAUCACACACGGCGUGCAGAAUUUGAGGAGUUUCUCCGUCAGGAGCGAAGAAACAAGAGGGAAAACUUGCCUGUCAAGGAGAAGAAGAGUAAAAGUCCUGCCAAGAGCCCCCACAAGGGCAAGGGCAAGCGCAAAGGCCAGCAGCAGAAGGUGACACUGAUCAAACGCCGCAUUUUGGACAAACAGCUCAUCGUCGUCAACUUCCUCGUCGACGACCUCCGCUUUUACCUGGAGAUAGACAGGUUUUCCAGGCUGGCUGACUCUGAGGAAGCUGCAGCACCCCUCAACAUGCAGUCAGAAAAGUACAGUUCCUUUCUCAAAAAGAAACUUGAGGUCAUCAGCAAAGUUUUCCUGAACUCUGACAUCCCUCCCAAGCUGCGGGUCAACAUCUCUGAGAAAGAGAGGGAUUUAAUCUGGCGUUCAUCUUCCAAGGGGCCACUGACCCGGGCCAUCUACCACAACGCCAAGGUCACCCUCUUCCCCAUCCUGAUGUACUUCUGGAGAAGGUACCUCUCCAUCCCCUCUCUCCCAAGGUGGAGGAGGCUCUGGGGAUGCCAUCCUUUAUAUCUAGCCACUUGUUCCUCUGCCCUGCUGAAAAUGCAGACAAGACGCUUCCCGGGAGCUCAGCUGGAAUUGUCUCCUUGGAGCUUCACUGUCCCUGGUGUUUCUCACGCAGGUUCUGCACCUGGAAGGUGAUGAGGAGCUUUCGGACCUACCAGGAGGUCAGGAGCUCGGGCACCCAUCAGGAGGGCCAGAGCUCUCAGUUCCCCAAGGGGGACAGGAUCUCCUGGGUCCCACAGGAGGAGAGGAACUCUCAGGAGCCCA